AUGCUAGCACCUUCUAUCUCGCUCCUACAGACGAAUGGUCAGCUGUCCACUGCCAAUGGCUUGGCUGAACAAGAUGAGCUCAGCCUCCAGGAGGGAGCCCUGGACAGUCAGCAGGAAGAAGUCUCGACAGCAGAUGUUGGACAGAGAGAAUCCGAAGAUGUGAGUGAAAGAGACUCGAGUGAAGAGAUGGCUGCCCACUCCGCAGUUGUUCAGGACAUCACUUGUGAUGGGCCGGACGAGAUGCCUGAAAUAAUUGAACAGAUCCCUUCUUCAGAAAGCAAUUUAGAGGACUUAACACAGCCCCCCGAGUCUCAGGCUAACGAUAUUGGAUUUAAGAAGGUGUUUAAGUUUGUCGGCUUUAAAUUCACUGUGAAAAAGGAUAAGACUGAGAAGUCUGACAACGUCCAACUACUCACUGUCAAAAAAGAUGAAGGGGAGGGAGCCGUGGGGGCUGGUGACCACCAGGAGCCCAGCCUUGGGGCAGAAGAAGCAGCAUCCCAAGAAAGUGAACUCAAACAGCCCAUAGAGAAGCCCGAAGGGACCCUUAGGCAUGAGCAGGGCACCACGGAAGUUGCUCUUCCUGCUGAGUUUGGUCAGGCAGUGGAUGAAGGCAAAGGCGAAGGGGAAGAAAAGCAAGAAAGGGAACCCAGGUCUGCAGAGUCUCCCACGAGCCCGGUGGCCAGUGAGACGACAUCAUCCUUCAAAAAAUUCUUCACUCAAGGUUGGGCCGGCUGGCGCAAAAAGACCAGUUUCAGGAAGCCAAAGGAGGAGGAACUGGAUGCUUCGGAGAAGAAAAAGGAUCAAGAGCCAGAGAAAGGAGACACGGAGGAACACGAAAAGGCGGACGAUGGCUCCGAGAAGCCCACGGUCUCAGCACUGCCACACCCGCCCGAGCUGACGGAAAGCGAUCGUGAGGCCCGACUGUCGGCUGACUAUGAGAAGGUCGAGAUGCCCUCGGACGAGCAAGUUGAUGGCUUGCAGGGAUCUUCUGCGGACAGACCCGCUCCGUUAGCGACAGAAGUGUUCGAUGAAAAGAUAGAAGGCCACCAAGAAGAAGUUGUUGCUGAAAUCCACAUCAGCACUGCCGAGAGGACCACGGACGAGCUGGAAACCAAGGGCCAAGAAACAGUAGAGGCUUUGCCCCCCGGGAAAUCGGUGGAAGCAAGUGCCGAACCCCAGGAAGGUGAACCUCCCACCGAGCUGGAAAAGACCAAAGACGCCUGUGUUUCUGGAGGGGACCAGCCUCAGGGAGCCGACCUGAGUCCUGAUGAGAAGGUGGUGACCAAGCACUCCGAAGCCAUUGUGAGUGAGGCGGAAAUGCUGUCCUCGCAAGAGAGAAUGAAGGUGCAAGGAAGUCCAUUGAAGAAGCUUUUUACCAGUACUGGCUUAAAAAAGCUUUCUGGAAAGAAACAGAAAGGGAAAAGAGGAGGAGGGGGUGAUGAAGAGUCAGGGGAGCAGAGUCAAGUUCCAGUAGACUCUCCAGACAGCAAUGAUGAACAGAAGGGCGAGAGCUCUGCCUCCUCCCCGGAGGAGCCCGAGGAGAUCACGUGUCUGGAGAAGGGGCUGGCAGACGGGCACCAGGAUGUGGAGGCUGAGGAAGGAGCCACUUCCGAUGGAGAGAAGAAAAGAGAAGGCGUGACCCCCUGGGCAUCCUUCAAAAAGAUGGUGACGCCCAAGAAACGCGUGAGAAGGCCUUCUGAAAGUGACAGAGAAGAGGAGUUGGACAAGGUGAAGAGUGCUACCUUGUCCUCCACAGAGAGCGCAGCCUCUGAGAUGCAAGAAGAACCCAAAGGAAUCGUAGAAGAGCAAAGGCCGGAGGAGCCAAAGCGCAAGGUGGACACGUCGGUGUCCUGGGAAGCCUUAAUUUGUGUGGGGUCCUCCAAGAAAAGAGCAAGGAAAGCGUCCUCUUCUGAUGAUGAGGGGGGACCCGCAGUGACGGGAGGAGACGGCCAAAGAGCCGACGAGGCCGGAAGAGACAAAGAGGUAGGAGCAGACGCCACCCUUGCCAGCUCCCAAGAGCAUGAUCAAGGGCAAGGAAGCUCCUCUCCCGAGCAAGCUGGAAGCCCUUCCGAAGGGGAGGGCGUCUCCACCUGGGAGUCAUUUAAACGAUUAGUCACGCCCAGAAAAAAGUCCAAGUCGAAACUGGAAGAGAAGAACGAAGACUCGGGGGCUGGCCCUGGCGUGGAACAUUCCGCUUCAGAUGCCGAACCCGGGAAAGAAGAAUCUUGGGUUUCCAUUAAGAAGUUUAUUCCCGGACGAAGGAAGAAAAGAUCAGAUGGGAAACAAGAACAAGCCACGACUGAAGACACGGGGCUGGCGGAGGCCAACGAGGAUGACUCCGAUGUCCCGGCCGUGGUGCCCCUGUCUGAGUAUGACGCAGUCGAGAGGGAGAAAUUGGAGGCUCUGCAGACUCAGGAGAGAGCCGAGAAGCCCAAGCAAGAGGCAGCUGCCUGUGUGUCUGAGGAGCUCAGUAAGAGCCUGGUUCACACGGUGGCGGUGGCCGUCAUUGACGGGACAAGGGCAGUCACCAGUAUUGAGGAACGGUCCCCUUCUUGGAUAUCCGCUUCAGUGAUAGAGCCUCUCGAACAAGCAGAAGAUGAAGCCACCAUAGAAACCAGGGAGGUAUUUGAAAGAGAUGUCACCGCAGGAGAAACGCCCAUGGUGACCAAACCUUCACCAGAGAACAGACGUGCCCGGGAUGACUCGGUCGUUGGGGAGGUGGAAUUGAUGUCCGGAGCUGUGACAGCUGCAGAAGCAACAGGGGCUUUUUGUCCUGAGGAGGCAACCGAAGCCUCUGGCGCUGAGGAGACCACAGAAAUGGUGUCAGCAGUUUCCCAGUUAACCGACUCCCCAGACACCACCGAGGAGGCAACACCGGUGCAGGAGGCAGAGGGUGGCGUACCAGACUUAGAAGAGCAGGAGAGGCAGACCCAUGAGGUCCUGCAGGCAGUUGCAGAAAAGGUGAAGGAGGGGUCCCGGCUGCCUGGCACUGGAGGGCCGGGGGACGCCCUCCACACCACCCAGAAAGAAGAGUCCGAAACACCAGAAGAAGGUUCUGGAGCGCCAGUUCUGAAGAAAGAGAUGGCUGAUGAUGCAGCGUUAAAGGUCUACAUUCAAGAGAUGAAAACCGAGCCUUGGACACAAGGGGAGGGGAUGCUGCAGACCACCCCGGAAAGCUUUGAGAAAGCUCCUGAAGUCACAGAGCGUGCAGAGGCCAGGGAGCUUACAACCAUUUGUCACACUGAAACCUCGGCUGGGGUCAAGUCUCGGGCGGUUGUGAUGGAGCAGGCUGCCCUCCCUGACUCUGUUGAAACCCCUACAGACAGUGAGACCAGUGGAAGCAUCCCUGUGGCAGAUGUUGGCACUCUAGAGACAGCGCAGCAAGACAAGAUGGUAGAAACCCCUAAAGAUGGUGAUGUUGCAUCUGUUGCCCAGCCAGGGGUCACAGAAGCCGAGGCCGUGCCUGUCCAGAUCAAGAGACCUCUGGCAUCUUCUGGUCUUCCAUCCCAGGAAGAAAGGAAAGAACAGUCAAAAAUGGAAGAUGCUGUGGAACAUACAGACAAAGAGGGGUCUGUGGAAACUGUACCCCUUCCGCCCAAGACUGAGGCUAUUCAAGAGGCUGGCCAACUUGCUGGUGAGGAAACCAAAGGUGGACCAUCUAUCGUAGGACUUGAGGUGUCUGUAGAUGCAGACGUAACCGUCAGUCAGGAAAAGGCCAUGGAAGCUGUCCUUAAAGAUGAAGUGAUGAAAGAAGCUGAAUGUCAAAAGAAUGAUAAUAUUGAACUCCAGAGUGCUGCUAAGUCUCUUCCGCGUCCAGAGGAGAGAGAAAUGGAAGUUCAAGUAGAAAGGAAGAACACAGAAGCCAAGCCAACCCACAUGAGUGACAAGAAGCUUGAGCAAAAAAUGGCAGGGUCUGAAGAGCUUCAUGAGCUACUGGUUCAGACAGUGAAUGCGACCGUCCUAGAUGGAGAAAAGGAAGUUGGCAGUUUGGAAGGAAGUCCUCUUCCUCCUCUCAGUCAAGAGGAAGCAGCACACACAGAAAUUCAGGUUCAGAGCGCCGAGGCGCCGUUCACACUAACAGCUGCAGCAGGGGAGGAAAAGGUCUUAGGAGUGAUGGUCAGAGUUUUAGGAACAGGUGAAGCUUUGGAGUCUGCAAGUGCACAUUUAGUGCUGGAAGAAAAAGCCUCUGAAAAAGAUGAAGACUUCACUGCCCAGCCAGGAGAAGAGGCUGUGUCCACAGGGCCUGAGUCUCAGGCAGAAUCAGUAGCAGUGACGGUGUCUGCCACUACCGAAAAAGGUUUCUGUUCUGACCUGGAUGGAGAGAAAACCAAGUCGCUGAGAUGGAAGUUAGAUGAAGUGGAGGGGCAGGCUGCGUGCCAGGAGGUCACAGUGGUAGCAGCAGAGGAAGUUUUCAAGGCUGAAAGUGAAAUUGUGGAAAUUCAGACUGAGAGCAGUAAACUCGUCCAGAACAUCAUUCAGACCGCUGUUGACCAGUUCGUCCGCACAGAAGAAAUAGCCACUGAAAUGGUGACGUUGGAUUUGCAGAUACAGGCUCCCCCGAUGAAAGCUGAUACCCAGAGAGCUGAACAGGAAGCAGAGGAAGAAGACAGCAAACAUGAGGCCUCUGCACUGGAUGAAACACACACUUUUGCAGCCAAAGAGGAGUCAGAGCUCACCGUGGUAGAACAGGCACGUUCUGGUAUUUCCAAAGAUGUAAGUGACGCUUCAGAGAAGAGCAUAACCGCUGAGGUAGAAAGUUCCAGCGUAAAUGACCAGCAGCUGGAAGAGGUAAUUCUCCCAUCCAAGGAAGAGGGAGAUGGAACUGGAACACAGUCUGGGCCAGAAGACGAUGGUUGUGCCACGUUAGGAGAAAUGAAGGAGAAGUCGCUCUUUGAAUCCAAAGAAGAUAAAGAAAGAGAUGGUGUUCAUGGCCCUGAGAAGCAAAACUCAGCCCUGGAAGACACCGAUGCCUCAGGAGGCGCAGCCAAAGAUUCUCCAGAUACAAAUGGCCCAAAACGAACAGGGAAGGCAGAGGCCCAGGAAGUCAAGUUUCAGGAAGGAAAGGUGCACAGUGAGCCAGAUAAAGAGACCAGAACCUCAACACAGGAGGAGGUGCAGAAACAGGAGAGCGAGCCAACAACGUCAGAACUUACAGAAUCCUAAAACAUCAUGCAAUUAAGCUCACUGUCUGUCCGAGGUCCGACUGUGAAGACAAGUUGUAGAAGAAAUUGAACGCGGCUGCUGCUGAGACUCAAGAUCAAUGUUUCAGAACUUUGAGCCCCGGAGAGCAGACACAUCCACUGAUCUCAUUUCCAGAGAGCCCCUGACAAUCCUGAGGCUGCAUCAGGAGCUAUAGCCAUGUACUGUUUCCUCUUCUCUUGAUACCAUAUAAUGUUUCUGAUUCAGUCCUGAAUUCUCAACCUGGAACUGGAGAUGGCAAUAUCUAGUUCUCCUUCUCAAACUGGAGUGUCGUUCUUUAUGUAUUUAUAUAUAUGUUUUACAUAGUCCUCUUUCUGUAUCUAUUGUAUAUUUUUUCUUAAUGUUUAAGGAAAUGUGCAGGUUAGUUCAUGCUUUUUUGUAUCACCCAAUAUACGAGGGGGCUUGCAGCCAUGGGGGAAGCCUUGGGGAGCUUUAAGCCUCGAUUAUAACCUAUGAAAAACAGUGCUUCCUAGAAAUAACAUUCCUGAUUAGAAGGUACAGUUUUUAUUUUUAAAUUCACUAACGAUUAGGUCCGAGCUUAGUAGCACUCUGAAAUUGGUCACUUUUCCACUAUGCACAGUGUGCUAAAGAUAAAAAGCAUUUUAAAACGUGCAGAAUGUUCCAGCGUUACUGGAAAAUGUUUCUUUCUAGCCCAGUGGAGGUGAGAAAGAAGUUCAGGAGCAGAUUAAUUUUUUAAGUCUGUUCUACUUGUUGUGAUUGUUUGGACUAGUGAGUAUGCUUGAUCCUGGGGCAAAGUAGCGAACUGUUUUUCAUGUUACAAAGAAGGAAAGAAUUGACUCAUAGGUUUUUGAUUCUCCUCUUAAAUGCUGGGCUGCAUUCACACACAGCAUGAAGUAAGUCAGGUUCUUUACAAAUGGUAUUUUGAUAGAUGUUGGAUUGUGUCUGUGCCAUAUUUGUUCCUUUUCUUUUAAGAACAAUGUUGCAUUACAUUCAUUUCGGUAAAUUGUGAUUUGACGACUGAUUUUAAAUAAAACGUUUGCUUCGUUUA